AAAUCAGCCAUAAGCUUGUCUGUGGAGUGUGUAUAUAAAGGCAACCUCUGACACAGGAGCCAACCUGGUGCAAACACAAGCAGUAGUUUUAUCACUGUGACUACUUUGACACGAAACAGAAUGGGAUCCGUGAAGCUGGUUCUGCUGCUGGUUCUGGUGGCGAGCGUCGAGCGCUGCCUGUCCACCUCCUGCGUGGUCGACAGCUUCUCGGUAAAGCAGGACUUCGACCCCAAGCGGUACGCGGGGAAGUGGUACGCGCUGCAGAAGAAGGAUCCGGAGGGUCUGUUCCUGCAGGACAACAUCUCAGCCGAGUACACCAUCGAUGACGACGGCUCCAUGACAGCCUCCUCCAAGGGACGGGUCACCCUCUUUGGCUUCUGGGUCGUCUGCGCUGACAUGGCUGCACAGUACUCUGUCCCGGACCCCAACACCCCCGCGAAGAUGUUCAUGAACUACCAGGGACUGGCCAGCUACCUGUCCAGUGGAGGCGACAACUACUGGGUGAUCGACACCGACUACGACCACUACGCCAUCACCUACGCCUGCCGCACGCUGAAGGACGACGGCAGCUGCGAGGACGGCUACUCCCUCGUCUUCUCCAGGAACCCGCGCGGCCUGCCGCCCGCCAUGCAGCGCGUGGUUCGCCAGAAGCAGGACGAAAUCUGCAUGACGGGACAGUUCCAGCCGGUCCUGCAGUCCGGAGCCUGCUAGAGAGAGAGGGGGGGAGAUAGAGAGAGGGAGAGAGGGGGGGAGAGAGA